GGCACAAUAAGAUCUUCCAUGUUGGAGACAUCUCAAAGAUCACUGAGAAAGAGAUACAAGCCCUGGGUCCUUUCGAUCUGGUCAUUGGAGGUAGUCCCUGCAACGAUCUGUCUAUUGUAAACCCAGCACGAAGAGGCAUUUAUGAGGGUACCGGGAGACUGUUCUUUGAAUUCUUCCGCAUCCUGUCCUAUGUGAGGCUGUACAGCGACAGGCCUCUCUUCUGGCUCUAUGAGAACGUAGUGUCCAUGAGAGCCAACGACAAGCAGACCAUCUCGAGGUUCCUGCAG